AAGGACACACAGACGAAAGGAAAGAAAAAGGAAACCGCAGCCACACUUUGUCGACGGUGGACACCUUAGCUAUCCGUCAACAACAUCCAUGUCCUUUUUUUUGGUUUAACUUUCUGCACGAGGAAGAGUAGAAGAGCCCAUACGCACCUCUCCUCACAUUUCAGAAUCUUUCACACCCUUCAUAAAUCUCUUUCCUUAUCACACUUCUUACAUCAUACCCAAAAAAGAAGAGAGCAACAGAAGACAUAUUCUUUUGUCUUGAAAGCACUGAAUUUCCUUUUUCUGUAUUUCUUUUAACUUCUCUGUAACUUGGCCACUACCUUCCUUUUUUUGUUCUUUAUAGAUUUUUUAGAAUUAGAGCGGCUGUGCUGUUUGUUUUGCUAUCCUUCAUUUACCUUAUAACUCAGCUACAAUUCUCUCGACUCUUUAUAAGCUGUCAUGAAUUUCAGAGGUGCAAGUCGGGCCAAUGCAUCAUCCGGCAUAGGGGUUGCUGAUCACAGCAAAAAUACAUUUAUUGAACUUCAGAGGAAGAAGGUGCACCGAUAUGUGAUCUUCAAAAUUGAAGAGAAGAAGAUGGAAGUUGUGGUCGAGAAGACCGGGGAGCCAUCUGAGAGCUAUGAAGAUUUCGCUGCAUCUUUGCCUGACAAUGAUUGUCGAUAUGCUGUCUAUGACUUCGAUUUCGUGACUUUUGAGAAUUGUCAAAAGAGCAAAAUCUUCUUCAUUGCAUGGUGUCCUUCAACCUCUCGAAUCCGUGCAAAGGUGCUCUAUGCCACGUCUAAAGAGAGAUUUAGAAGGGAGCUGAAUGGUAUCCACUAUGAGAUUCAGGCUACUGACCCUACAGAGAUGGAUCUUGAAGUGAUCAGAGACCGUGCAAAUUAAAGAGUCCAUACCAUUAAUGGUUUCUUCUGAGGAAAACAAGUUUGUCAAGCUCUUGCCAACUUGCGAAUUAAUGCCUCCUUGUUCCAUUAUUCUACGUACAGGAUCCUUAUGUGGACAAGAUAAACUACAUGUUACUUAAAUAACUAGCAUUGCGGAAGUGUGAUAAGCAGCUCUGUGCUAUUAUAUUGGAAAUUCCUGCUAAAUUCAGCUU